ACUUAAAACAUUUGAAAAUGAGGAAGAGGAAGAGGUCAAUGGAUUCAAGUCUGACCCGAAUAUCAGCCCCAUUUAUGCUUAAACACAAAAACGUUUCUCAUAAUCUUUGUUUUCUCUCCUCAAGUAAAACAAUUACCGUAAAGAGGCCAUUAUCAUCAUCAUCUUCAUCUUCUAAUCCAAACCUGGAAACUAAAGGAGGCGCUGCGAAUGGCGCCGUUUUCAAUGAGUCGGCUUUUGAGGCUGAGAGAUUGCGGUUGGAUGCAGAGGCUCGAGAGUCUAUGGCAGAGACUUCAAAGAGAGACAUGCAAAUGGAGAAUGACGGUGACCCUAAAGCCUGGAAAUGGGUUAUCCGGAAAAGUAUUUGGGAUUUCAUGGAGGCCUCUAAUGUUGCCCAGAACCCCCGACCCGUUCACCACCGAAUCCCCAAUUUUGUUGGCGCCUCCGCUGCAGCUCUAAAUUUAGCUGAAUUGGAAGUGUUUCAAAGUGCGGGUUGUGUCAAGGUAAACCCGGAUUCUCCUCAAAAGCAAGUCAGAUUUCUUACUCUCUCCGGUGGAAAGAAGCUGUUGACUCCACAACCUCGCCUGAGAACAGGGUUUUUCUCUGUCCUUGAAGCCCAUAUGUUGCCCGGUAAUGAUAAUAAGAGCAUUCUUGAAGCAUGCAACUCUGUUGGGGUUGCCAAAUAUGGUAGGCCUAUUGGCUUGGAUGAAAAGAUUAAGGUCGACCUAAUUGUCAUUGGCUCUGUUGCUGUUCACCCCAAGACUGGUGCUAGGCUUGGCAAGGGAGAGGGAUUUGCAGAACUUGAAUAUGGGAUGCUGCGGUACAUGGGAGCCAUCGAUGACUCAACACUAGUCGUUACUUCUGUGCAUGAUUGCCAAUUGGUAGAUGAUUUUCCAGUCGAGAAAUUGCUGAUUCAUGAUGUUCCGGUUGACAUCAUAUGUACUCCUACGCAAGUCAUAUUCACCAAAACGACCAUCCCUAAGCCUCAAGGGAUCUACUGGGAGAAAUUGUCACCGGAGAAGCUUGGCCAAAUUCGGAUAUUGAGAGAGCUGAAGAGAAGAAUAGAACGGGAUAUGGGGCAGAAACUUCCGACUGGACCGUCUGAGAAACUACCACCUACAGCUCAAAGAGGAAAGAAAUGACUUCAUAUUUGAUGUUCGGUGUAAUGGAAAUAAAAGGACUUGGAGGACUAUUAAAAUGACUUCAUAUGGCUUUGGUGCAAGAGACUGUCUCUAUACGAGUAUAUUACUAUUGCUAUAUAAUAAAGAUUUUGAACAUUUGAUCAAAAAGCUGGAAUAGCUCAGUUGGUUAGAGCGUGUGGCUGUUAACCACAAGGUCGAAGGUUCAACCCCUUCUUCUAGCGAUUUUCUUUCCUUUUUACCUUAAUUUUUCUUUUUUAACAUUCCCUUUUCCUUUAAUUAAUUAUAUUUACAUUUAAUUUUACUUUUUAAA